GUUGGUUUUUUCACAGGUAAUGUUCGAGUGUUGUUAUUAUUAAGAUUGGGUACCUGUCCAGUAUACAGUUGACGUAUCUGAUGGAGUCGUGUCCGUUAAUAAGUUGAAUCUAACUGACCACUACGAUGGCUGAGGAAUCUAUUAAUAAACUAAGUUUACGCAUAGAUCAGCUGAGAGAAGCUUUAGAAGAGGUAGAAGCCAAUUAUACUCUUGAACGAAAAAAAACGGAUUCUCACUUUCCUACAGAUUUAGCCAAUAUCAUAGACAAACUGCUCAUGAUCAAAUCAACAGUGGAUGCACUUAUCUCAAAAAUCCCGAAAUGUAAUGAGACACUAACGAGGGAGCAAAAAGGACGGGAGAAUAGAGAUAGUGGACUGCCAUCUGUUGAUUCUGCUGUUUUUAAGACGAACAGCUGUAUCCUUGAAGACAAUGGUCUAAGCGAUUUAACUCUUGUGGAGACAAAUGAGCCAUCGUCUGGUUUAGAUCAGCAGUGUCCGUCAUGCCUCAGACCGGUUGUAAAUCUGUUGCAAGAGACAGCUUUUUCAGAACAAAUGCCGUCAGAAAGAGUCUCAUGCGAGAACGAAGACAUUCAAACCGCGAGUUCAGACGGAGAAGACAUAACUACUAUAACACCUUUGUGACGUAUUGGUUUUUAUAGAUAUCUCUGUGUAAAAUCAUUCCAUAUUAGAAGGCAUAUCUGCUCAAGCCCCCAUCGAACAUACACAAAAACUUUCUCCCUGCAAAAGUGUUCAACUUGACUGACGUAUGUGACUUCACUGAAAAAGUGUUCAUCUUUGAUGGCGUAUGUGUCUUCACUGGAACAGUGUCCAUCUUGGAUGACGUAUGUGUCUUAACUUGAACAGUGUUCAUCUCGGAUGACGUAUGUGUCUUCACUGAAAAAAGUGUUCAACUUGAAUGACGUAUGUUUCUUCACUGAAACAAUGUACAAUUUGGAUGACGUAUGUGUCUCAACUUGAACAGUGUUCAUCUUGGAUGACGUAUGUGCCUUCAAUGGAAAAGUGUUCAUCGUGGUUGACCCUUGGAUAUCUAAAAGUACGAAGGCCUUUAUGAUGGAUUUUUACAUUGAGCUUUUCAUAUAUAUUUGAGCGUACGAUGACGGUAAACAUGCUUUAUAGAUGUAAUAACUUUACUGAAGAUGUUUUUUGAACUGAUUUCUUGAAAUAGCGUGUCUUUUAUUAAGCCAGGCAUCAUUUUGUCCAAAAAAUUUGUUGCACGGUUGAGCUUCCCUCUAUGAAGACAUUCUAGUAUUGAUGGGACGCUAUGCACAUUCAUAUAUAAUAAUGGAAAACUAUUGAUAAAGGGAUUUUUCAGUUUUACCUUCGAUACCAAUACGAAGACAAUGUAUCGCUGCUUUAAAUGACUUCAAAUAUCUAACUACAACAUAUUUGGCUAAGCUGUAUGUAUAAUAUAUUCUAUGUCCAAUUUGCAGUUCUGCUUCUGUGACGAUGACGCACCACAGGAAUUUCGUCGGAGAAUAGAUGAUAAUAAACCCAUUGUUGCAAUGUUCCUUUAGAGUAAGUGUACUGAUGCGCAUUUCUUUACGAGCGAUCGCUAUUCCUGAUAACCUUAGUAACACUUCCGGGUUGUAUAUAAAAGUUGUUGACAGAAUUUUUAUCAAUGGUUCUAGGUUAUGAUAAACAUAAUCAUCUUUUUAAGAAACAUAGGUAAAAUUAUUCAUUACAUUUUACCAUUGAAAUAUCAAAAAUUAUUGAUUCAAUAAUGAAAAAUAGCACAUUUCUGAUAUUUUUCAUUUUUUUCUAUUUGACCAAUCAGAAGACUGCUAACAAAAAAUAUGUUUGUCCCCACUCUAAAAAGUGGGAUGGGAUAGAUUACCUGUUUUAAGAAGAAAUUAAAACACCCUAUCAUAUAUGUAUCACUCCCUCGACUUACCAAGUACAAUGUUUGUAUCUAAAUAUCGCUUGUUUUUUUGUCUCGAUUUACAUACAAAAUUUCGUAUAUAUUAGGUAACCAUAAUGGUAUCAGGUUGUUUAAUCUGUAACCAAACACUGAACGAAAGGUAUAGAUGUCAUUGUUGACACUCUAGUAUCGCCCUGUUGACUGAUACAGCGAUAAAUGUUUAGUAAAGUGCAGCUAGGGUUAUGUUUAAAGAGACAACGAAACAAAUGUGUGUAUACCUUUUACACUGUAUAUAUGGCUGUCUUCCUUGUUGCAACCCAGUUUGUGACACUACAAAGUCACUAGACCCAGUUUACCCCAGUCGUAUGAGAUGAAUGAGGACAAGCCAUUAUAUUCAUGAGCUACUGAACACAUUUUCAUGAAUAAAUGUUCGCCCCUUUGAAAAAUAUUAAAAAGCAUAUCCCGGUUAAAACCGCAAUCCUUAAAGGGGCAUUGUUUCGUUCGGACAUCAGAAACGUCCGAGUUUCUACCGAGGAAAUCUAUGCCCGAAUGAGGAUUAUAUGAGUUUUUGUGUCUACCAGUUAUGAAAACAAAACAAAAUGUACAGAAAAAUGACAUUUCGUAAAAAAAAAAAUACCGUUUGCCUUUGCGGUAAUUA